CGGGAAAAAACACGGAAGAGAAGCGAGUGGCGGAGAGUUGUUGUUUAUGACCUCUUCCACACGGAGCUGACUGACGUUGGCGGGUUCGUCGGGUGAGAAAUGGAUGUGCCGGAUUCCCCGCAUGGGAGUAUGGGACUGCUUCGAACCUUUGACUCCUCGAAGUUCUGCAGUUGGGAGAAUAUCGGCUCAGGUGGAUUUGGACAAGUGUACAAAGUGCGGCAUGCGCAGUGGCAAACAUGGCUGGCCAUCAAGUGUCCUCCCUGCCUUCAUGUGGGUGACAAAGAACGGUUGGAGCUGCUGGAGGAGGCCAAAAAAAUGGAGGCAGCCAAAUUCCGCUACAUUCUGCCAGUCUAUGGAAUUUGUGAGGACCCUCAAGGCUUGGUCAUGGAGUACAUGGAGACCGGCUCGCUGGAAACCCUGCUGGCCACUGAGCCGUUGCCUUGGGAGCUGCGCUUCCGCAUCAUCCACGAGACGGCUGUGGGGAUGAACUUCUUGCACUGCAUGAACCCACCGCUGCUCCACCUGGACCUGAAGCCUGCCAACAUCCUGCUAGAUGCACACUAUCACGUCAAGAUAUCAGAUUUUGGCCUGGCGCGCUGGAAUGGCCUAUCACGGGCCGAUGACAUCAGUAGAGACGGCUUCUGCGGGACCAUCGCUUACCUGCCACCUGAGAGCAUCAUUGAGAAGGACCGAGUGUCGGACACCAAACAUGAUGUAUACAGUUUUUCCAUUGUCAUCUGGGGAAUCCUAACCCAAAAGAAACCCUACCAAGGAGAGAAUAACAUCUUGCAAAUCAUGGUGAAGGUGGUGAAAGGGGUGCGUCCAGAUCUCGGGGUGGUGCCGCGUAAUCGCCCUGCCGCCUGUGCGGGCUUCCUAGGUCUCAUGCAGCGCUGCUGGGCAACUAAGCCAGAGGCCAGACCCAGCUUCCAGGACAUCACAUCCGAAGCUGAAGACCUGUGCUCUAAACCUCAAGUAGAGUCCAAGACUCCAACUUCGUCGGCCUCAGAUCUUACUUCUUCUGACGUGCUGUCUUUCGAACAGGCUCCAAACGCUAAACAAUCGGUGCGUCCAAAGUCGGCCAUGUUGCCGGAGAAAGACUACAGUCUGUCGGAGCUGCUGACUCAGGUGGACUCUGGGAUCUCCAGGAGCUUUGACCGCCUGAAGGACGACAGCAAGGAGAAAAGACUGUCGGGCAUGUCUUCCGCUGACUCGGCGUUCUCCUCACAGGACUCCAUCACGCUCUCGUUGGAGAAGGAAAACACGAUUGAUUCUGCUGAGGUGCACAAGAGGAAGUUGUGUGACGCAAUCAGGAGCAAAGACAUCGCCAAGCUGAUGAAGAUCCUUCAGCCGCAGGACGCCGAUCUCCUGCUGGAGGGAGGAGUGAGCCUCCUCCAUCACGCCGUCGCCUCCGACAGCGAGGAAGCCGUCAAGUUCCUCCUGCUGAACAACGCCGACCCGAACCUGGCCAACGGCCGUGGCUCCACCCCCCUCCACCUCGCCACUGAGAAGCACCUGAAGCCUCUGGCGGAACUCCUGCUGGGCCGCCGCAGCACCAACGUCAACGCCAAGGACGAGGACCAGUACACCGCCUUGCACUGGGCCGCCCACAACGGAGAUGAGGCGGUGACGCGCCUGCUGCUGGACCGCGGCGCCGCCAUCAAUGAAACCGACGGCCAAAGGCGCACGGCCGCUCACGUGGCGUGCCAGCACGGCCACGAGAACGUGGUCCGAGUGCUGCUGAGCCGCGGCGCCGACGUCCGCGUCAAAGGAAAGGACGACUGGACGGCGCUGCACUCGGCUGCCUGGCAGGGUCACCUGGGCAUCACCAAGCUGCUCAUCAAGCAGGCCGGCGCCGACGUCAACGCCCAGACGACGGACGGCCGCACGCCGCUGCACUUGGCCUCCCGCAGGGGGCAGUACCGAGUCGCCCGGCUCCUCAUCGAGCUCAGAGCGGACGUGCACGUGACCUCCUGCGACUUGGACACGCCCCUCCACGUGGCGGCCGAGACGGGUCACACGAGCACGUCGCGCCUCCUCCUCAAACACGGCGCGGAGAUCCACGGCGAGAACAAGCGAGGGUUCACUCCUCUGCACCUGGCCUCCCAGCGGGGGCACCAGGCCACCGUCAAGAUGCUGAUAGAAGAAGGGGCGGACCCUCACAAACUGGACCCGAUCCAGCGCACCACCUCCCAUUUGGCGGCGGAGUACAGACACGUGGAAGUGGUGAAAAAGCUGCUCCCUCACGUCCCACACGGGGGCGCCCUGCUGGACCAGCUCACCACAUCGCCUGCGGAACACCUGCUGCAGGACUCUACUAGCGAGAGCUUGUCCGAGUCCGAGCAGCUGGCAGAAGAAGCCAAGCCGCUCCAGAGGAGAGUCGUCAUCCUCAAACUGACGGAGCACAAAGACGAGCCGCAGCUGAACGCUUCACAGUUUGGGCCUGCCUUGUGCUAACAGGAGGAAAGACGCUACAAGCUAACAUAACUGUUAGCAUUUUUCAUGUUGUGUAAAUAUGUACACUGUAUAUACACCUUAAUGUCAAAAGUUACCAUUUUGUACCUUUUUUUUUUACUGCAUGAGCAUAUUUUUCUGUGAUUAUGAUUAGGAAGAUGAACAAUUUGUGCACAGUGAGUCAAUUUUAGUACAAACCCCGUUUCCAUAUGAGUUGGGAAAUUGUGUUAGAUGUAAAUAUAAACGGAAUACAAUGAUUUGCAAAUCAUUUUCAACCCAUAUUCAAUUGAAUGCACUACAAAGACAACAUAUUUGAUGUUCAAACUCAUAAACUUAAUUUUUUUUUUGCAAAUAUUAAUUAACUUAGAAUUUCAUGGCUGCAACACGUGCCAAAGUAGUUGGGAAAGGGCAUGUUCACCACUGUGUUACAUGGCCUUUCCUUUUAACAACACUCAGUAAACGUUUGGGAACUGAGGAGACACAUUGUUUAAGCUUCUCAGGUGGAAUUCUUUCCCAUUCUUGCUUGAUGUACAGCUUAAGUUGUUCAACAGUCCGGGGGUCUCCGUUGUGGUAUUUUAGGCUUCAUAAUGCGCCACACAUUUUCAAUGGGAGACAUGUCUGGACUACAGGCAGGCCAGUCUAGUACCCGCACUCUUUUACUAUGAAGCCACGUUGAUGUAACACGUGGCUUGGCAUUGUCUUGCUGAAAUAAGCAGGGGCGUCCAUGGUAACGUUGCUUGGAUGGCAACAUAUGUUGCUCCAAAACCUGUAUGUACCUUUCAGCAUUAAUGGCGCCUUCACAGAUGUGUAAGUUACCCAUGUCUUGGACACUAAUACACCCCCAUACCAUCACAGAUGCUGGCUUUUCAACUUUGCGCCUAUAACAAUCCGGAUGGUUCUUUUCCAUCUUUGGUCCGGAGGACACGACGUCCACAGUUUCCAAAAACAAUUUGAAAUGUGGACUCGUCAGACCACAGGACACUUUUCCACUUUGUAUCAGUCCAUCUUAGAUGAGCUCAGGCCCAGCAAAGCCGACGGCGUUUCUGGGUGUUGUUGAUAAACGGUUUUUGCCUUGCAUAGGAGAGUUUUAACUUGCACUUACAGAUGUAGCGACCAACUGUAGUUACUGACAGUGGGUUUCUGAAGUGUUCCUGAGCCCAUGUGGUGAUAUCCUUUACACACUGAUGUCGCUUGUUGAUGCAGUACAGCCUGAGGGAUCGAAGGUCACGGACUUAGCUGCUUACGUGGAGUGAUUUCUCCAGAUUCUCUGAACCCUUUGAUGAUAUUACGGACCAUAGAUGGUGAAAUCCCUAAUUUCCUUGCAAUAGCUGGUUGAGAAAGGUUUUUCUUAGACUGUUCAACAAUUUGCUCACGCAUUUGUUGACAAAGUGGUGACCCUCGCCCCAUCAUUGUUUGUGAAUGACUGAGCAUUUCAUGGAAUCUACUUUUAUACCCAAUCAUGGCACCCACCUGUUCCCAAUUAGCCUGUUCACCUGUGGGAUGUUCCAAAUAAGUGUGUGAUGAGCAUUCCUCAACUUUAUCAGUAUUUAUUGCCACCUUUCCCAACUUCUUUGUCACGUGUUGCUGGCAUCAAAUUCUAAAGUUAAUGAUUAUUUGCAAAAAAAAAAAGUUUAUCAGUUUGAACAUCAAAUAUGUUGUCUUUGUAGCAUAUUCAACUGAAUAUGGGUUGAAACUGAUUUGCAAAUCAUUGUAUUCCGUUUAUAUUUACAUCUAACACAAUUUCCCAACUCAUAUGGAAACAGGGUUUGUACAACUAUUUUGUUAUUGUAGAUAUUUUCUAGUACAUGCUAACACUAAACCGGCCCUAAUGUGUGAGUGUGAAUGUUGUGUCUGUCUGACUGCCCGAGUGCAGCUGGGAUAGGCUCCAGCACCCCCGCAACCCCAAGAGGGACAAGCGGUAGAAAAACGGAUGAAUGGAUGGAUGAAAAUGUUCUGUUUGUUUAAUAUCAGCUGCACCAGGAAGCCAUUAAAAAAACUUUUACUUCA